AUGGUACUCUAUGGAGACAGAGUCGUCAUUCCGGAGAAGCUCAAACCGACGAUCUUAUCUGCUCUCCACAAGGGUCACCCAGGCAUCAGAAGGACAAAACAAUUGGCUCGCGAGUUCGUAUACUGGCCAAGGAUGUCUAAAGACAUUGAACACCUCGUACAACGAUGUGACUCCUGCGCCUCGACCCAGAAACUUCCAGUAAAAGUACCACUGGAUCCAUGGCCUACUCCAUCAUGCCCACUAGAACGUGUACACUUGGACUACGCCGGCCCGAUCGAUGGACAAUAUGGACCUCCAAAGAUUUUAGUAACAGAUCACGGAACUCAGUUCACCUCGGACGCCUUUACAACCUUUUGUAAAGAAAUGCAAACAUUACAUCUCCUGUCCGCAGUCAACCACCCACAAUCCAACGGCCAAGCGGAAAGAAUGGUGGACACCGUAAAACGGGCCAUUGCUAAAAAUCCAAAUAACUGGAAGAAACAACUGCUUGACUAUCUCUACAGCUAUCGCUACACUCCCUGCAGCUCGGCCCCGGGAGGGAAAUCCCCAGCAGAACUCCUGUUUGGACGUCGCAUGAACUCCCCGUUCACAAAAUGGCUCCCAACGCCGGAUGAUACCAAGCAUACGGAAACGAGUCCACAAGCGACGAAACAACAAACCAUGGUAAAACAAUUCUCGAAACACCAUGGCGCCAAGCCACGAUAUCUAUCAGUGGGAGAUCGAGUAAUGGUCCUAACCCGCAAGGACAAGCGCGAAAAGGGCGUCAUACACAAGGUCCUAUCAAAAACUCGUUACUCGGUACGCCUCGAUGAUGGGAAAAUCAUCGACCGGCAUAUUAACCAUAUCUGGAGAGGAGGUUCCACUCCAUCAACUCCAUCUCAAGAUCCGGGAGAUGACUGGAUAUUUCUACAACCUCCUGCUCCACCGACCACCCUGCAAGAACCUCAACCUACCUCCUCGGAGCCUGAUCCACAACUCCUAUCAUCCCCCACUGCUCAAACGCCAGCCAACCGGAACCUGGAAUCACCGGCAGCCCGAACGACCCCGGUCAGACCGACCCGUAACCGUAUGGCCCCGAAGAGGCUGAUAUUAGACCCGGCCGCCAAAAGCUACUCCCAAGGGUAA